GUGCGUGUAGUCGUGGUUCCGGAAGACGUGGCGAUUAGUGCACAAGUGCCUAGCUAGUCAGCUAGCAGAAGCCUCAACAGGCGGGUUCGUUUUGAGAAAGUUAUAAUUGGAGCAUUUAAACUAGCGCAACAAUGAUCUCUCUAACGGAUUCACAGAAAAUUGGAAUGGGAUUAACAGGAUUUGGGGUGUUUUUCCUUUUCUUUGGAAUGAUCCUGUUUUUUGACAAGGCACUCCUUGCCAUGGGAAAUAUUUUGUUUGUGGCUGGCCUGUCAUUUGUCAUCGGGUUGGAGCGGACCUUCAAGUUCUUCUUCCAGAAACACAAAAUGAAGGCCACUGGCUUCUUCCUGGGGGGUGUGCUUGUGGUGCUGAUUGGCUGGCCCGUGGUUGGGAUGGUCCUGGAGAUUUAUGGAUUCUUCCUCUUAUUCAGGGGCUUCUUCCCCGUGGUUGUGGGCUUCAUCAGGAGGAUCCCGAUCCUGGGGUCCCUACUAAAUCUCCCAGGAAUCAGUGGGCCUUCCUAAGGCUGUGAAGACCAUCUGCAGUCAUGUUUGUGGAUAAAGUUGGAGAGAGCAACAGCAUGGUAUAACAGUGACAAAUUUUUAUUUUUUGUUUUUGAGAAGAUCUCUUUUUUUGCAAACCUGGUCAAAUAUUCCCCAAUGUUAAGGUUACGUCACCAGAUACGUAUGAGCUUUUCUCCUAUUUAAAGGCCAAACCCAUUUGUUUUUUGAUGUCACUGUUCAGUUACUUCUGUAGCGUGGUAAAGUUACCACGCCUGGUUACCAUGGGACUCUGUUACUAAGAGACUUACCUGAAGGACAAGACGUGUGUCCUAUGAGGUUCCCUGUGUGCCCUCUUCACAUAGCCCUCCACAUGAGUGGAGGAUUUGGGGAUGUAGGAACGUGACAGACCAAGCUGGUUCUUCAACAGCCAUCAGGAUUUUUGUGGAAUUUACCAAGAAUCAGAAUAGCUUCUGAGCUAUUAUGAGACAUGCCAGGAUGUUGUUACAGCAGUCAUCGUCCUCUUCUGUUUUGUGCCUCUGCCUCCAUUUUCCUUUGGAGACAGUUUUAGUUGUGGAAUAAUACCCUGACUUGCCGCAACUCGGUAUGAAUGCGGUUCUGAACCUUAAGGUAUUUUUUACAAAGUGCCCAAUGUGGCAACUUGGAAUCAACUCCCUCCUUCCACUUGACUCCACUUAUCAGAACCAAAUAAUGCACAGGCACUUAUGUACAAUGAGCGCAAAUGCAGGUAUUGCAGUCUGUGGUUUUAAAAUGCAUCAAACUUUUUAUCUGUGUAAAGUAUUUAAGAAUAUUGGGCAGAGUCAGUAACAAAAAAAAAACAGCCUUUGUUUUAUUUUGUGGAACUUUUGUAAAUACAUAUUUGAAAUAAAAAAGUGAAAUGUG